UUGUAAGCUUUUCAGUCGUUUGCUAGCCGUGAAUUGUACAAGUCUUUGGUGUUCUCCCCAGUCUAAGUAUUAUCACCAUAAUGGAACGUUGGCAAAAUCGUGUUGCAGUCGUUACCGGCGCUAGCUCAGGCAUCGGUUCAGCCACCGUUAAGGAUCUACUUAAUGCCAAUGUGAUUGUCGUUGGAUUGGCGCGUCGUUUGGAGCGCAUGGAGGAACUUAAAGCACAAUUACCCGCCGAACAGCAAAAACGUUUUCACGCCGUCGCCUGCGAUGUUUCAUCACAAGAAUCGGUGGAUACGGCAUUCGAUUGGAUCAUCAAGGAGUUGGGUGGUGUCGAUAUCCUCAUAAAUAAUGCGGGCAUCUACAAACCAGGUCAGGCUUGUACUUUAGACCCGGUAGCAUUGCAACAAGUGAUGCAAACCAACGUAAUGGGCGUGGUUUACUGCACACAACGUGCUUUUAGAUCAAUGAAAGAACGCAACUUUGAUGGACAUGUAGUGGUCGUUAAUAGUGUGGCGGGGCAUAGUGUACCCUUGGUAAUUGGUAGCGAUAGGCCACUGAUGAUUAAUGUCUAUGCGCCGUCUAAGUACGCCAUAACCGCUCUAACGGAAGUAUUGCGACAGGAGUUUAGAGGACUAAAGACCAAAAUCAAGAUUACGAGCGUUAGCCCCGGUUUAACCGACACGGAAAUUAUACCGGAUCAGUAUAGAAGACCUGAGAUUCCAAUUCUGAAAUCGGAGGAUGUUUCGAGCUGUAUUUUGUUCACACUCUCCACACCACCGCACAUGCAAGUACAUGAAAUCACUGUGAAACCAACUUCGGGCGAUUAAAUAAAUAAAUACUUAAGUCAAUAUUUGUAUUUAAGUAUGCAGAACUAACAAAUGUUUAUACAUUUUUAUAUGAACCAAUAAAUAUUUUUCUGACAUCAAUA